GAUCAGGAUUAUUAAUCGUAAUCCGUUUAAGGGGGUUUCAUGUAAAUGUUUCGGGGGUCUCACGUGUAAAAUUAGCCGGAACAUGGGCGGCGGCGAGGUGAGGGCGGCGGAGGCUCCGCGGGACGGCCGCCCGCCCUCCAAGGUCUUCACCGCCGUCCUUUCCUCAUCCGCAGCUGGGUCGCCUUCGUGUGAUUCGUGGCCCUUGGUCUCCUCAACCGGAGGCGAGCAGACGAAGUGAGCAAAACAUCAUGGCAUUCAUGUUUCCAGCAGUGGAAGCGUCGACAGCUCGACUAAAUCUGUGAUCCGAACUACCUUGCGGGGACCUGCUUCCCAUUUCGCAGCACAAGAAACAAAUCUGGAUUCGGAGAAAGAUUGGAGUCAGCUGAACUAAGAAACACGUGGGGAUCAUUGAACGAGCAGGCAAUGAAGAACAGAAACAUGAAGACAACUGGACAAGGACUAUCACUGAUCCAUUGCUGUGAUCAGCUGGUUAGAUGUGUCUUGGGAGCCUGGAGUUCAGUUUGCCACCCAAAAUGCAGACAUGACAGCGUCCUAAUCAAGCUCAACCAACGAUGCCUCUUGGGUUGAGUGGCUUCAGCUCACCACUAUCACACAUGAGAAUGAUUCUUGUUGUCUGCUGGUUUGGCUGUGCAGUUGCUUCAACCUCUUUCCCUAUAUAAAGAGGGAAGCCAAAGCUGGGAAAACACCAUAGCAGAAACUUGACUUCUCUUCCAUCUCCAGUGAAAACAGGCUCAUAGCUUCCAUUCCAAGCAUGGCCUGCCACCUGAGAUCCGUAAGUUUGCCCUCAAGCCCUCGCUCCAAUGGAACCAAUGUCGAGGAACACAUCCAGAGCCUGAAGGCAGCUAUCUCUGCUCCCUCUGCCACCAUCGAGACCAUAGUUGAUGGUCUAUCCAUGCUCGGGAACAUCUACAGCUGCAUCGAUGAGCUCAUAUGCUUUCCCAGCAGCCAGCGUCAACAGAGGAAUUCCGUGGAGGAGGAGCUUGAGUGCUCUCUCGUCUUGCUUGACCUCUGCAAUGCCAUGCAAGAGAGCUUCGCAGAGCUCAGGACAAGCCUCCAAGAGAUGCAAUUGGGUAUCAAGAGAGGAGACGAUGUGGCUGUUCAGGCCAAGGCUCAGUCUUAUGCCCGUUUGGUCAAGAAGGCGCACAAGCAGCUUAAGAAGAUCAACAUCAAGGUUGUUCUUGACACUGAUAGCUGCAGAGUGGUCAAGCUAUUGUCUGAAGCAAGAGACAUUACUCUAUUGAUGCUGGAAUCGACAUUCUACCUCCUAUCAAAGGAGAUCCUGAUGCCAAGUGCCAGUAAGUGGUCUCUUGUGUCCAAGGCAUUCCAGAAGAAGAGAGUCGCGUGCAAGGAGGAGCAAUUGCAGGUUUUGGAGUUGGGGAUUGUUGAUCUUGAGAGCGAACUCCAGAUUGUCUUCAGGAGACUGAUCCAAUGCAGGGUCUCGCUUCUCAACACUCUUAGCCUGUAGAAAGAUCAUACACCAACUCAGGUUCCCUGCGAUUAGCAUCCGCCUUUUAGAGGAUUGGCUGAUCAUCAAAACAAUUUUGAUGUAUAUAUGGGACAAAUGUACAGAAAAAUACUGAAUGAAAGAGCAAAAUUUUGAUCCA